AUGAAUUCAAGCAAAAAGAAAGAGAUCGAAUCAAAUGGCCUUCGUAUAAAAAAAGACAAAUUAUUUAGUCCUUUUUUCCUAGAAUUGUUAUCUCUUUUUACACCCAAACAGAAUUGUGGUUCGGACAAAACAAUAUGUAUUUCUUUGCCAAUAGAUUUCCGGCAUCUUGCUCAUGCAAACAACAAAAAAGAAGCCAUUGCUCUUUGCCAAGAAUCAUCAUUUAAUACAUAUGAAUAUUUCUAUAAAUCUAAAACAAAUACAAGUAUCGUUACAUCAAUCAAUUCGAAUUUAGUAGCAUUGAAUAAGCUACAUCCACCUCUGAAAGUUGACCAAACAUCUAUUAUUAAUACAACUCUCAAAACAUUUAUCAUACCGUCUGAAAGUACAAUAGUUUAUAGACAUAAUAACGACAAAAAAUCAUUUUAUAUGAAAGAUGUACUCUUUCGCCAACCAUCCUUAAGUACUAUCGAAAAAUCUGCAGCUACAAAAAUCUUUCUUGAAACUUACUUUCAUAAUAUUCUUAAAAAGCCAAAUCCACGAGAUGAAAGACAAAAAAAUCUUGAAAUGCAAUUAGAAAAUACCAAAUUAUCAGACCAGGACCGCCAAAAUCUUCGUCUUGAAUUUAACAAGCAAGAAACAAAAUAUCUUAGAUCUCUUCGUCAACGAGUCGAUACAUCGAGUUUUAUUGCUUUAAAGACUAUAGGUCAUGGAGCUUUUGGUGUUGUAAAAUUAGUCAAAAAGAAAGACAAUGGCAUGAUUUAUGCAAUGAAAGUUCUUAAAAAAGCAGAUAUGUUGAAGAAAGGUCAAGAAGGACAUGUAUGGGCCGAACGUGAUCUACUUGCUAUAGCCAGUGAUAAUGGAAAUUGGAUUGUUAAAUUGUGUUAUUCUUUUCAAGAUUCAACACAUUUAUAUCUAGUUAUGGAGUAUAUGCCCGGAGGUGAUUUGUUAAAUUUACUUGUCAUUAAAGAUAUAUUUCCAGAAGAUUUUGCGCGAUUUUACAUUGCAGAAAUGGUACUUUGUAUAGAAGAAAUACAUAAAUUAGGAUAUAUUCAUAGAGAUAUUAAACCAGAUAACUUUUUAUUUGACCAGUAUGGUCAUAUUAAGAUUUCUGAUUUUGGUUUAUCAACAGAUUUAUCAUGGCUACAUGACUCUGCAUAUUUUGAACAACAGAGAAUAUGCCUUUUAAAAAAAAAUGGAAUUAAUAUAGAUAACAACAUUAGUAAAAGAAAGAGUUUUAAUAUGCUAGCUAUGUUAGAAUUAUAUGAAAAUAAACUAUCUAACAAUGGAAUUCUUACAUGGAGAGAUAAAAAUCGUCGAGAAUUUGCAUAUAGUCUUGUUGGAACUAAUAGUUAUAUGGCGCCAGAAAUCAUUAAAGGUGAAGGAUAUACAAAAAGCUGUGAUUGGUGGUCCCUUGGUGUUAUUCUUUAUGAGUGUCUUUACGGAUUCCCUCCAUUUGUUUCAAAAACUAAACAUGCAACAAGGAUAAAAAUACUUAAUUGGCGUCAAACUUUGCAUUUUCCUACUACCCCUCAUGUUUCUAAAGAAGCACAAGAUUUAAUUAAGAUGCUUAUAUGUGAUCACAAAGAUCGCUUAGGCUCUACUUCUUUUUGUCACCUUUAUUCUAACCCAUUGCAUACAAUAUCCAAACAAUCAAAUUCUGAAAUAUAUCAGUAUUCAUCAGAUGCGGAAGAAAUAAAAGCGCAUCCAUGGUUUCGUAAUAUAGAUUGGGAUUCUUUACAUAAACAGACACCCCCAUUCGUUCCAAAAAUUAAAGAUCUAACAGAUACAAAAUAUUUUGAAGAACUCAGUAAAGACGAAGUAUUGCAGUCUGCUCCAGGUAUAGGACAAUACAAAAUAAGAGACUUACUUCUUAGAGACAAGGUAUAUGGUGAGGAAGUUCUUCAAAUUCGGGAGAAAUUAGCAUUUAAAGGUUACACUUAUCGCAGAAAAGAUAUUCCUAUAUAUAAUUAUAGUAUGAAUAUGAAUAACGAAAAAUAA